AUGUCCCAAGUCAAGCAAGUGGGCCUCUUGGCUGCUGGAUGUCAGCCUUGGAACAAAGAUGUCUGUGCAGCCAGUGGGGACAGAUUUGCUUACUGUGCUACUCUGGCAAUCUAUAUUUACCAGCUGGAUCAUCAGUACAAUGAAUUCAAAUUACAUGCAAUUAUGUCUGAACAUAAAAAGACAAUCACUGCAAUUUCUUGGUGUCCCCAUAACCCUGACAUCUUUGUGAGUGGCAGUGCAGAUCACUUAGUGAUCAUUUGGAAUGUGGCUGAGCAAAAAGUUGUGGCAAAACUUGACAAUACAAAAGGAGUUCCUGCUUCCCUUAGCUGGUGCUGGAAUGCUGGAGAUACUGUGGCAUUUGUUUCCAACAGAGGCCCGCUGAAUAUUUGGACUAUUUCAGGACCAGAUCUAGGUGUAACUGUACACAGAGAAGCCCACAGCUUUUUGUCUGAUAUUUGUCUCUUUAGAUGGCAUCCCCAAAAAAGAGGAAAAGUUGUAUUUGGACAUACUGAUGGAAGCCUCUCACUCUUUCAGCCAGGUUCUAAGAGUCAGAAACAUGUUCUGAGACCUGAAUCUCUUGAAGGGACAGAUGAAGACGACCCUGUGGCAGCUUUGGAGUGGGACCCACUGUCUACUGACUAUCUCCUUGUGGCAAAUUUACAUAAUGGCAUUCGCCUUGUAGAUUCUGAAUCACUCUCUUGUAUCACAACAUUUAAUUUUCCUACUGCAGCAGCAUCAGUACAGUGUUUAGCCUGGGUUCCUACCGCCCCUGGGAUGUUUGUAACUGGAGAUUCCCAAGUUGGGAUACUUAGAGUUUGGAAUGUUUCAAGGUCAACACCUCUUGAGAAUUUUAAAUUGAAGAAAACAGGAUUUCAUGUUUUACAUGUACUUAAUUCUCCCCCAAAGAAAAAAUUUUACACCUUCAGAGAGUUUCUUGUAAUGCUAAACACUUAUAGCACUUGGGCAGCUAGUAGGUAUCAGAAGAAGACCUUGAACCUGUCUUCCUGGCUUCAAGGAAUUUUACAUUUUUUGAAGCAUGGAAAGAAUGGAAUAUUCUGCAUUGCCUGGAGUCAUAAAGAUUCCAAAAGAAUAGCAACAUGCAGUGGUGAUGGAUUCUGUAUUAUUCGCACAAUUGAUGGUAAAGUUCUCCACAAAUACAAACAUCCUGCUGGAGUUUUUGGUUGUGAUUGGAGCCAAAACAACAAAGAUAUGAUAGCUACUGGAUGUGAAGACAAAAAUGUCCGUGUUUAUUACUUAGCCACCAAUUCUGAUCAACCACUGAAGGUGUUUACUGGACAUACGGCAAAGGUGUUUCAUGUAAGAUGGUCUCCUUUGAGGGAAGGCAUACUGUGCAGUGGUUCUGAUGAUGGUACUGUUCGAAUAUGGGAUUAUACACAAGAUGCUUGCAUAAAUAUACUUACUGGACACACUGCACCUGUCCGAGGAUUAAUGUGGAAUACUGAAAUCCCCUAUCUAUUAAUAUCAGGCAGCUGGGAUAGUACUAUCCGGGUGUGGGAUACUCGAGAAGGAACCUGUCUGGAUACUGUAUAUGACCAUGGAGCAGAUGUAUAUGGAUUAACGUGCCAUCCGAGUCGCCCCUUCACGAUGGCAUCUUGCUCCCGUGAUUCCACAGUGAGACUCUGGUCAUUAAUACCUUUAAUCACUCCUCUACAAAUAAACAUUCUGGCAGAUAGAUCUUGGGAAGAUUUCAUUGGGAACACCGAUCGUGCUAUGGAAUCAAGUGCUCCACCUCUCUUGUGUGGUAAAGUAUCAAGAGAGAUGAAGCAAGAAAUAGAAAAACUGACAAGUAAUCUUCGAGGGAGAAAACUAAGAUGGUUUUCAGAAUGUUUAUCCCCUCCAGGAGGCAGCAAAAACUUAUGGGACCUAGUUGCAGUAAUACAAGGACAAGAUGAUAGCUUACUUCCCCAGGAUUACUCCAAAGGAAUUAUGCAUAUGAAACAUCUGGUUAGAUUUAAAACUUCCAAAGCACAAGAACUAACCACAGUCAAAAUGUCUAAGUUUGGAGGUGGCAUCGGUGCACCUAGUAAGGAGGAACGCCUGAAGGAAGCUGCUGAGAUACACUUGAGAUUAGGACACAUUCAAAGAUACUGUGAGCUUAUGGUUGAACUUGGAGAGUGGGAUAAAGCAUUAUCAGUUGCACCAGGGGUCUCAAUGAAAUACUGGAAGAAGUUAAUGCAGAGGAGAGCAAAUCAGUUAAUCCUGGAAGAAAAUGAUGACGUCAUCCCAUACUGCAUAGCUACGGGGGAUAUAAAAAAGCUAGUUAGUUUUUUUACUUCAAGAGGUCAACUGAAAGAAGCCCUGCUUGUUGCACAGGCUGCUUGUGAGGGAAAUAUACAGAUUCCACAAGUGUUUGUACAUAAUGGAUCUUCAUAUUCUGAUGGAAUCAACAUGGAUGACAACAAUGAACUCUUACAGAGGGUCAGUAAAGAACUGGCGGAAUGGUAUUUCCAGGAGGGACGGGCAGUGCUAGCAGCAUGUUGCUAUCUUGCUGUAGAUAAUAUUGAGCUUGCCAUGGCAAACCUGAUUCGUGGAAAUGAACUUGAGUUGGCUGUCAGUGUGGGCACCGUCUUAGGAGAGGAUGCAGCACCAGCAACCCAUUACGCCUUAGAAUUACUAGCAAGAAAGUGUAUGACAAUUCCAACAUGCUUUCCAUUUCUUGGAUACAGGGACUUGGCUACAGACCUUCUCAUGAGGAUUCCUAAUAAUGAGUCACACUUAGUCAAACUUUGUGCUUUCUACCCAGGAUCCACUGAAGAGAUAAAUGACCUACAUAAGAAGUGUAAUCUACCUACAAUAGAAGAAUGUACACGAUUAGCAGAGACUGUUCGUGCAGAUGGAAAUAUAUUUGAAACUAUAAAGUAUUACUUGUUAAGUGAAGACCCUGAAAAAGCCCUUCCUAUUGGUAUUCGCUUCAUCAAACAACAAAUGAGCCAUUCAGACUGGACCUUGGAUACAAUCAAUCCAAUUCUUGACCUUAUGAGUUACGUCCGCACUGAAAGACUAAUGCUACAUAGAUGUAGUGAAGUUCGAAAUGAGUUGCUGAUAUUAUGUGGUUAUAUUGGUGCUUUGUUAGCAAUCAGAAGACAGUAUCAGAGCAUUGUGCCAGCCCUUUAUGAGUAUACAAGCCAGCUUUUAAAACGGAGGCAUGUGUCGGUCCCUUUGAAAAUUGAACAGCUUUCUGAAGAACUAGAUGCCUGGAGAUCUUGCCUACAUACAGUCAACAGAUCAACAGAAGAACUUCCACAUACUCCUCCAACUGACUCCCAGAGAAUGAUUUAUGAAAGUCUACUAAAGAAAAUGAAGGAAGAGCCACUCAAAGAAAUCAUUGGACCAGACUAUGUCACUGGUUCGAAUCUUCCUAGUCAUUCAGCUAUUCAUAUCUCUUGUCUGACAGGAUUAAAGAUCCAGGGUCCUGUCUUUUUCCUUGAAGAUGGGAAAUCAGCAAUUUCACUGAAUGAUGCUCUGAUGUGGGCAAAGGUGAAUCCAUUCUCCCCCUUAGGGACAGGAAUACGACUCAAUCCAUUCUGA